AUGGCUCAUGGUCGCGGCCUCUGCAACGGCGAGCGAGGCAUCCGCCACAAGCUCCAGCAGACCACCAUGGAACAGCCACCUUCGCCUCCUCUCGCCUCCCCACCUGCUCCUGUCCCGCCUUCUGCCGUCGGCGUGGACGAAGGCACUUUCGAAAAGGAGCUCUUCGGCCUCACCGGAGGCUUCCCAGGCAGCGAAAAGGGCCUUAAAGACUUCAUCCAGCGGAACCCCUCUCCUUCCGAGGCAAAGGCAAGGGCGGGCGGCGAGGAGAGCAUCGCGGUAUUGCUGGCGCGGGCGAAGCCGAAGCUCCCCGAGCUUCCCCUUUUCCUGCUCGGGAUGAUCGUGAUUGUGAAGAACCCAAAGAACCCUUUCCACAUGUAUAGUGGGAUCGUGCAGAGUCACCAACGAGAAGGCCGGUGUGCUCUUCGAAGGGGGUCAUUUCUGCUGCAGUUUUGCUUAGGACCGAAGCAGGUGGUUUUGAUCUUGAUCGGGAGAGGCAGGUACGCUAGAAGGAGAAGAGGGAGAUGA